CACCCCCGCCCCGGCCUGCCCAAGAUGGCGGCGGCGGCGGCUGAGCCGCCGCGGUUGGCGGCGCUGCUGGAGUCGGGCUGGCGGCUGCUGGACGAGGUGGAGGCGAGCGCGGAGCCCGCCCCCGCGCUGCAGGACCGGGUGCGGCGCGGGCUGGAGCUGCUGCAGCAGGCGGCGCGCAGGGUGGCGCAGCUUGAUCUCUUCAGCCAAAAUGAAGAGCUGGAGGAGAUAGCAUCUGCUGAUCUGAAGUAUCUGCUGUUACCUGCCUUGUUGGGGGCCCUUACCCUGAAGCAAAUCAAUCUCAGCAAGCGCCUGGAGCAUGUACAGAGUGCUCGUGCCCACUUCAUGAACUUUCUGAAGCUCUGCAAGAGCUACCAAAUUGGCAAGUUCCAACUCCCAGAAACACCAGAGAGUCCUGGUGAAAAUGAGUCUUCAGAGAGUACAUCCAAGGCUGGCCCAGCUGUUGGCCAGCCCAGUCUGGUGGCCAUGGCAGUAAACAGACAAGCAAAAAUCGAAAGGUAUAAGCAGAAAAAGGAGGUGGAAAAUAGAUUGGCCUCUAUGAAAGCCUUUGUGGAGAGUGGCCAAGCAGAUGAGGAACAGGUGCGAGAAUUCUACCUGCUGCACAUCCAGAAGUGGAUCAGCACAAGCCUGGACGAAAUUGAGAGCAUUGAUCAGGAAAUGGUGAUCUUGAGAGGCAGGGAUGCAAUAAAACAGUCUUCAGCAUCAUCUCAUGCUCCUCGGCAGCCAAGGACCCCGAUGAAACCUUUCAUUCUCACCCGGGAUGCUGCCCAGGCUAAGGUGUUUGGUGCUGGCUAUCCUAGCCUAGCAACUAUGACAGUGGACGACUGGUAUGAGCAGCACCAGAAGCGAGGCAUCUUGCCUGAUCAAGGUGUACCUCGGGGAGCACCAGCAGAGAUUGCUGGUGAGGAGUUGGAGAAGGAGCAACAGGAGAAAAAGGUGGAAGAGGACAAUGAAGAAACUAUACGUAAAGCCCGGGGCUGGGAUGACUGGAAAGACACACACCCCAGGGGUUAUGGCAAUCGACAGAACAUGGGCUGACCAUGCAUCCAAGGGACAAGGAGCGCAUGAGUCUCAGAUGAGUGCACUCAGUAGCAAAGGAUGGGUAAAUAAACUGUACAUAUGCAGAGGUAUCCUUGCCUUCUCAGUGGGUCAACUGUGUAAGAGGAGUGAACAGGAUAGUUGUCUUGGUUUAUGUUAAGUGUAAGACCUGAGUAUGCACUUGUCACGUGUAGUGACAUGGCACAGCUUUGUCAAGUGGGGCUGUUAUUAAAGGGGUCAUAGCAAAGCUCCCUUAUUCUCCUGAGCAGAGGGAGUCCUUAUAUAAUGAAAUACAUUAAUUUGAAAGUGGCUCUCUGUAUUGUUGGUGGAUGUAUUUAUUUUCUUUAUUUUAAAAUAAAAUAUCUUGUGCUGCGUA